CUCUACUAUUAUUUAUUCAUGACCACACAUACUCGAACUUCAUCGACUUCUUCACAAACACAUUCUCGGAGUGAUGUCAAUCUAUCCAUAUCACCCACUCAAUUUGACGGAGAUACAUCAUUCUCACCUACUACUAAUCGUUUCUUUAAAGAACAUACCCUGCCAGCAUCCGCCAAAAUACCUCCUACUUCUUCUGCUGGCACCUUUCCUCACCAUAUUCCAAUGCCAAUACGUUCCAUGUCUGCGACUACGUCUUCCAAUGUAUUAGAUACUCCUACUAUUCGGUCGCCACCUCGAGGUGGAGGAAGUCAAACAAAACGUCAUAGUAUGCGUUCUUCACCGCCGUCUACACCCGUUGCUCAAGGUCAUUCAUCAUCUUCGACAGCUACCAAUAGUGAUAAACCCUCUCGAAGUCUUUUUCAAAACAACAAUAAUAACAAUAACAGUAGCAACAAUACCAACAAUCACAAUACUACACCUAUUCCACGACCUCAUUCACCACCUACGACGACGCCACCAAGUAUUCAUAAAUCAAUCAACGCUUUAGAUGCAAAAUCAAUCACUCUAAAUAUGGAAAAAUCAACACAACAAAUGCGAGCUGCAGUAGCUUCCGUGGCAGCAGCAGCAGCGGCGGCGGCCAAUGCAAAAUAUCAUUCGAAUCCAUCUUCUGAAGAAUUUCACGUUGCCUCACCAAAUUCGCCAACUUAUUCUCAUCAUCCUCAUCAUCCUUCGUCUUCAUUUUUUGGUUCUUCCUCUUCUUCUUCUGGUCAUCACUAUACACAAACAUAUCACCACCAUUCUAUGAUUCAUUCUCCAUCAGCAGGUGGUGCACCACUUCCUCCAACACCAAUAACACAUCCUCUUCAUGCUUAUCAUCGCCAAGGUAGUAUCAGUAGUAUUACUCAUCCAAAUACGUCAACUCAAUCUAUAAACAAUGGUAUCAGUGGUAUCAACAGUAGUAACAGUGGCAAUUAUAACAAUAACAACAGUACUAGUGGCAACAAUGGUGAUUUGUGGCAAUCUCUAUGUGUCCGAGUUCUUCCUCUUUUCAACGGUGAAGGUGUACAAGGUUCUAUUGAAUAUAUGAAUGAUUUAUUAAGGCAAUGUUUAUCUGAUCCUAUCUCGCCACAACUUUAUCACGACAUUGAAUCAUUAUUACAUGAUGGAAUGUUUACAUUAAAUGCCAAGAUGUUUGGGGUGACGGAUGAGAAGUUGUUAGAUCGAUUAGUAGAACAAUGGUCUUUCUUCUUUACCUAUGCCUUGCCUUAUUUUGAAGCUGUCUUCUUACCUUUACGAACGGAUGUGCGGUACCGAUCUCAGGAUGAAGCAGAAAUGUGGAAUGUACGAAAUAUGGCCUUGCAAAGUUUUCGAGAUAAUGUGAUCUUGUUACAAAUCAAACGACUAGAAGAUGUCUUCAACAAGUUAUUUACAGAUUUUGGAUCAUCACAGAACCCGGCAGCAAAAGCAGCAAAAAUGUUACAAAUGACAUCAGUAUUAGCAUCAGCUCCAGAUCACAAUGAAGAAUUAGAUCGUGUAUUAUCGAAUCUAAAGGCAAAUUGGAAAAUCAUGAUGAACAAAGGUGACAGACGUGGAUUUGCAGGUGUCAGACGAACAAGAGCUGGACCUCCUUUGAAUGACAAGAUGUUUGGAUGAUUGUAGAUUAAUUUUUAUUUGUUCUUUUUUUUUUUAUCAUGAAAAUUGUUAUAAUAAACAUUCCCUCUUUUUUUUUUU